UUUUAAAAAAACAAUAUUUUUCAUUUAAAAACUAAACAGCAAUUCCUUAAUAUCAUCAAGUAUCCAGAUACUGUUCAGAUUUCCCCAGUCAUCUCAUAAACGUUUUUGUAUAGUUGGUUUGUUUGAAUCAGGACCCAAACAAAGCCCAUAUAUUGCAUUUGUCUGGUAUAUCUCUUCAGACUUUCUUUGAAGAAAACUUUUUUGGAAAAAAAAAAAAGGUAUAACGCACAUACCGAAAAAUAUGCAAAUCAGAAGUGUACAGCUAGAUACAAUUUAACAGAAUUAACAAAGCCAUGUAACCAACACCCAGAUGAAGAAACAAAAUUUCAUAAGCACCCCAGAACCCCCUUCAGACCCCCUCCAGUCACUACUUUCUACAAGGGAACCACACUCCUGACUUCUAACCCCAAAAUUAGUUUGACCUGUUUUUAAACAUUAUAUAUGUGGAAUUAUAUGGUAUGAACUCUUUGGCCUUUAGCUUUUUACACUCAAUAUUUGCGAAACACCCACAUUGCUGGGUAUAGUUGUAGUUUGUUCAUUUUUGCUGCUUUCUACUAUUCCAUUGUAUGAAUGAAGAGAUUGUAUGUAUAAUACCACACUUUAUCUAUUCGACUGAUGGAUAUUUAGGUUGUUUCAGUUUUUAACUAUUUCAAAUAGGGCUGCGUUGAACUUUUGUACAUGUCUUUUAGUGAACUUAUGUGUAUAUGUCUGUUGGGGACACACCCAGGAAGAGAAGAGCUGGGUCUAGGGUUCAUGGACAUUCAGCUUUAUUAGAUAUUACCAAGGAGUCUCCAAAGCGGUAGUAACAACUACUGGUAGUCUACUGGUAGACACUCACCAGCAGGGUAUGAGCGUUCCAGUUACUCCACAUCUUUGUCAACACUUGGUGUUAUCUGUCAUUUUCAUUUUAGCCAUUCUGGUAGGUGUCUAGAGGUACUGCAUUUUGGUUUUCAUUUGCAAUUUCCUGAUGACUAAUGAAGUUGGGCACCUUUUCACAUAUUUGUUGGCCAUUUGUAUAUCCUCCUUCUCAAGUGUUUAUUCUUAGCUGCUUGAUCUAUCAGUUUCUGAGAGAGGUAUAUUAAAAUCUUGCACGAAAUUUGUGGGCUUUUCCAUUUAUUGCGGUGAUUCAGUUUUGGUUUUAUAUGUUUUGGGGCUUUGUUUUAGGUUCAUGUGUUUUGAGUUGUAUUUUUUUGUUAAAUUAUUCCUUUUGUGACUGUGUCGUUAUUAAUAAUUUUCAAAGCUUUACAUUCCGUUUUUCUUGAUACUGAUAUUGCUUUACCAGACUGUAUUUUGUUUUGUUUUGUUUUUUUCUUUUUUUUGGUAAUUGUGGUAAAAAACACAUAUAUAAAAUUUACUACCUUAACCAUUUUUGAGUGUUCAGCAGUGUUAAGUAUAUACACAUCGUUGUGUAACAGAUCUCUAGAACUUUUUCAUCUUGCACAACUGAAACUCUGUAUCCAUUGAACAAUUCCCCUUUUCCCCUCUUUUUGUUUUGGUAGUAUUUGCUUUGUAUGUCUUUUUCACUCUCUUUAUUUUCAGCCUCUCUCUCAUUAUGCUUUCUUCACAGCUUUUAUAAAGAGCUGUUCAAAAAAAAAUCUAAUAUAAGAAUCUCUUUUAAUAGUCAAGUGUAAUCUGCUUACAUUUACUAUGAUUACUGUUAUAUUUGGGCUUAUUUUUACAGUCUUAUUCUGUAUUUUCCUUUGUUUCUUUCCACUCCUGCCUUCUGCUUUCUUCCUUUAUUUUUCUCACUCUACUAGUAUGGAAGUUAUUCAUCCUAUUUAUGUUAUCUGGUGUUUAACAUGCAUGUUUAGCUUAACAAAGCCUAUAGGUAAAAUCAUUAACUCUCACCUCCUCAGAGCAAAAUAAUAACUAUGGAAUGAUUUAACUUUGAGCUGUCCUUUCUCACCUUUCACUUGUCGACAAAUAUUUUAAUUCUUCCUUGUUUUUAACUCAUCAAGAAAUUAGUCCUUAUCAUUAAAGAAGUCUUUACUGUCAGUAUUUACUAGUAUUUUUCUCACCUUUCCUCCUUACAUCUCACACCUUCUUUCUCAGUUCAUUUUCCUUCUCGGUGAAGUAUAUCUAUGAGAGGUGAACUCCAUUCCAGUCUUUGUAUGUCUGAAAACCUCUAUUUUACACUCACUCCAGUGGGAACCUUGCAUGCUGACCUCCCUCCAGAGAGGUUUCCAUCUGUCUAUGCUGGGAUCCUAUGGGCUUCUCACUGUUCAUGUAGUUUUCAUGUUACUCUUACUACUUGGGAUUCCCACACCUCCGUGCUAGUGUGAUCCGAACCCCUCUCCCGCAUGUGAUGAAGGAUGGGGAUGCAGAUUUCUCUUGGGUUGUUCUUUUUUCACCCAUAGGCUCAGGUACUUGGCCCGCUUUCUUCCAGCCACGUCAGCAUCAAAUUUUUUAGUUCCUGUUUCAAAGACAGCUGAGCCCUUACAGAGCCCAUUUUUAUACCUUGUUCUCAGUUCUAGUUCUCUGUAUCAUGGGUCUGAGGGCUCACCUGUCGAGGAAAGGACCCCUCCUAAGGUUUGCACCUGGUUCCAGGACCCCUGCAGGUCUUUGGGCUCAGCUCCUGCCUACUAUCCAGGCUUUGAGUUACAUUUUUGUUUAUAGUACUUAAGGAUUUCCCUUUAUUGCUUUCAAGCUGCGCUGUGUAUUAAAUUCUUUUCAUCUAUUUUAUUAAGCCUUUCUAUGUGUUUGCUGUUGUGUGGGGUAAUUCCCGUGUCAGCUCUGUCCAGCAUAUUGACCAGAAGCCACAGUCAUCUUUCUCUAAAAUUAGAUACGAUCCCUUCAUUGGACUUUUGUGGGCUUGUUAGCACUGCUUCAUGUAUUCAUCCAACAAAUAUCUAUUACUUACAACCUCUGUAGAAAAGAACCGGCGAGACUGUAGUGAGCAAGAUACAAAGUCUCUGCCCUCCUGGAGUUUACUAUUCCAGCUGGAGAGACAGAAAGUAAACCUGUGAACAAUAAAUCAGAAUGUGAGCUACAGUUUGCGAAGUGCCCUCUGAAGGGACUAGAGUGAAGGUGGGUUUCUUUAGCUAUAGGAUGGUCAGGGAAGACCGCUCUGAGGACGCUGUGUUUAAAGCUGGGUCAGAAGGAUGAGGAGAAGCCAGCCCUGCAAAUGGUAGACGGCUUCUUUGCAGUCAGGGGUUCAUUCCAGGCAGUGGAAACAGCAGGCACAAGGACCCAGAGAUGGGAAAACCCUUGGCAUAUUGAGUUACUGAGGACACCCGACACCCCUGUGUCUAAUGAGGGGAGAAUGGGCAAGGGGGCCACGCCCAUCUGCUGCCAGGUCUCUCUGGCCACCUCUCCCUUACUCUGUCCUCUGGCCAUGGUUCUCUCCCAAAUGGGCCCAUGCAGAGUCACCUCCUUUGUAAAGCCCUUCUCACAUGUCAAUUCCCAUUGCACUUUGUUUUUCCUACUGAUCAGAAUGGAAAGUUGUCUGCAUAACAGUGUUCUCCAAUAGGUCUUAAGCUUCUGUCAGAAGAAAUGUCUUGUUUACCUUGUGAUCCCCAGCUUGUAGCAAUGCUCUACAAGGUAGGUGCAAAAUAAAUGUUGACUGGGACUUCCCUGGCAGUCCAGUGGUUAACACCCCACGCUUCCAAUGCAGGGGGCGCGGGUUCGAUCCCUGGUUGGGGAACUAAGAUCCUACAUGCCUCUCUGUGUGGCCAAAAAAAUAAAUAAAAUAAAUAAAUAAAUAAAUGUUGAGUGAAUAUAUGUGGGGUUUUGUUGGUUAGCAGUUCAUGCUUAGGACUUACUUUCCAAUAUCCUUAUAACAGAAAUUCUCAUAGGUAAUCAUUUUUGUGGUAUUUAAGCCAUUAGGGUAAAGAAAACCAUCAGCCUAAGGAGGAAAUUGUUUGCUUAAGGCUUGCCUCUGAUACUGAAAGGGAAAAUCAGGGGAGGUACUAUAUGGUGUUACCCUGGAGUGGGUUGAAUGGUGGCCCAAGAAAGAUAUGUCCACAUCUUCACCCCUGGAACCUGUGAAUGGGACAGGUUUAUUUGCAGAUGCAAUUAAGUUAAGGAUCUUGAGAUGAGAUCAUGAUGGAUCAUUUGGGUGGAACUAAAUCCAAUGACAAGUGUCCCCAUAAGAGAUGGGACAGGAAGAAGACAGAGACACAGGGGAGGCCACGUGAAGACAGAGGCAGAGAUUGCAGUGAUGUAGCCACAAGCCAGGGAACACCUGGGGCCGCCAGGAGCUGGAAGAGACAGGAAGAAUUCUCUCUUAGAGCCUCUGGAAAAAAGUGUGACCUGGCUGACACAUUAAUUUCAGAAUUCUGGCCUCCAGAACUGUGAGAGUAUAACUGUCUGUUGUAAGCCACCGGGUUUGUUAAUACUAUCCCAUCACAUCAUACCUCAGUUACGUCUUCUGUAACGUGGAUAUGGUACCUACCUCAGAAGCUUAUUGCCAUGAUUGAAUGAGCUGUAUAUGUAAGGUACUUAGCACAAGUGAAUGUUCAGGAACAGUGAUGGCUCUUCUUCUUCUCCAAGGAUUAGGAGUUCUGUCUUGUGAUUGCCUGCUGAGUCACAGCUCGCACCACAGACUUAACCCGAGAGCUACGACUUCUCGUGGGCCCUGGAGCCCUCAGGAAACCCAGGAGCGCACGGAAGCCUGGCGGUACCCACAGCACCAGGGACAGACAGCUCAUCGGGCCGGGGGGUCCAGGCCUGCAGCUCUCAGCUGCACCCCCCGCAUGGCUGGCACCGUGCUGGGCGUGGGGGCUGGCGUGUUCAUCCUCGCCCUGCUCUGGGUGUCAGUGCUGCUGCUGUGUCUGCUGCUAUCCAGAGCCUCAGGUAUAGCUAGGUUCUCCGUCAUUUUCGUGUUCCUCGGUGCUCUGAUUAUCACGGCGGUUCUGUUGCUCUUCCCCCGAGCCAGUGAAUUCCCAGCCCCUGAGGCUGAGAUGAAGAUUGUAGAUGCCUUUUUCAUUGGCCGCUAUGUCCUGCUGGCUUUCAUCACUCUUGUCUUCCUUGGGAGCCUUUUCUUGGUUCUAAUCCAUCACAUUGUGGAGCCAAUCUAUGCCAAACCACUGCGGUCCCACUGAGCCAUCUUCAGGAAAACCAAGACCCUGUUCUUUCCCUCGCUUUGAUGUCAUUGAUGAGCAGAAAGGUAUUGUUUGGAGUCUUGUUUUGACAGCCUUCCUGCCUAAAGAUCGGAGGAUCAUCUCUUCAUCACUAAGACAAAUCCCUUGAGUCCUGGCUUCCAGAAACAGGGUUGCAAAAUUGCCCCUGGGGAGAGAUUCUCACCAGCUUAAGAGGGAUAUUGCCAUCUUCUUAGCGCCUGUACCUCAGAUUUUCCAUCUCUUUUGAAAAGGAAAUAGCAACAGGGGUCUGCUUAGAGUAGGUUUUCAAUGAAGACUUCAGUAAAUGAAUUUUGGGAAAAGGGGCACUUUGGCUUCUGCUGUCAAAUCGACAGAAGAACUUGGUCCUUUUUGAUACUAUGAAAAAUUGUUAGUUACGAGGUCAAGAUCAUUUGGGAAAGAAAGACAAUCAAAGUUCAAAAGGUUAUUUCAGUGUAAUGACCUGGAGACGUAUCCAGGCCCCGGUUAUGGAGCACUCCGCAUAUCACGACACCGGGCUCCACAGAGGCCACGGUGUCGCUUCCCGCUGCUCCAAGAAAGCAAGCAACAGCAGCUGAAGGACUGGCUUGCACCUCGAACUCCUGGCCACAGCCUUCUAAACCUCGCAUUGCUAUAUUUCAGGUUCACUCGGGGAUUAGAGGCGGGGUAUGGAAAUGCCAGUUGUGUGUCCUGCUGCUCUGUCUCUCUGGAUUCUUUUGCUUCCAGGAUUUGGCGGCCUUUGUUGCCUUAUUUGGUUACCAUAAGAGUCCAUUUGGGGUUACUGUCAUCUCUUUCAUCUUCGUAGCUCUUUCUCCAAAGCUGAUGAGGAAUGUAUAUGCCCAGGCUUAGGUAUAACUUUAUACCUAAGCCCCCAGACCAAGUGAAAUUUGUUAGUAACUAGAGGGGCUCUAGGCUGGUUCCAUUUUGGAAGUCUCAUCCUGGCUCCCUAGAGCUAUUUGAAGAAGGAAUUUCUGGCUUAAAAUUAAGAACCAGAAAACAAGUUGGAAAAAGAACUUUGAUUGAGUACAUGCUAUAAUGCCAGUAGUACACUAAUCUUUUUUUUUUUUUUUUUUUAACACAGAUGUAAAUGACAGGCUUGUGUGUUAAGGGCAAAAAUAUGCUUCGUACAAAAGGUAUUUUAGCUCAGCCUGCCUUCUGUAGAUCCUGUAACUCCCAGCAGUGGUGACAUGAAUGAUGGGUCACCUUCUACCUUCAUACGCCACGAAGUCAUGUCCAGCCCUGAAAACGACCCUCACGGGGUUGGGAUCAGAAGUAGAAGUCUGGGAGGGCACAAAAUGAAUUUCACUGAGUUCUACAUGGGGGACCCCGACAAUCAGUGGCUAAUACGGCAGCCCUUGUGCUCACGGCCUUCCUGGGGACAGGGCUUAGAGGGCAUCCCUUAAAUACAAACAAAUCAUCUCAGGGUCCCAUUCAUCCUUCUUUGAUCAAUGGCCUUAGCGCAGGUGGUGCCACCCGGAGGGGAUCCCGCGGCCACGAGACUGUGGUGAUCCCACUGUCUGGAAGCGGGGGAGGGAGAGUUCAGGGCUUCUAUAUACGAAGACAGGUUAUUUCACAGCCUCUUAAAAUUGCAUCCUGACGAAAACCACACGAGCAGGACGCCACAACGUUCACAGCGGAGACGUUUCUCUGAUCCACUAGGUGGCGCUGUCGCGAGCCGGCAGAACACACUUGGUAAUUUUUUUGACAAGUUCCUUUUAUUUCUCACUGGUAAAACAGAAGUAAAGCUAACAUUCUUUCCUGAUGCAUGGUAUCGGAUAUUUAAUCUAAGAAUUCAUCAGAGUUAUUGUACGCUGUUCAGUUG